AUGUUAAUCUAUACAGCCAACAUGGAUGUUUCUACCGUUCUUACACCACCUUCUUCACCCACUUGUGCUUCACAACAUUAUGAAUGUGCAGUUUGUAAGAUCUUAUACAAAACUAAAUCUGGUUUAAUGCAUCAUAAUACUAUUGUACGAAAAUACAACCUGAAACAUGAAGGAUUGUGCAGAUUGCCUUCUGAAGUGAUAACUGAGUUUAAAGCAUUUCUUGUUAAUUAUAGGGAAAUUGAAUGGGAAUUAUAUAGAAGGAAAAAACAGUUCGAAGAUGAAGAUCAUAAAUUGAUGUUAAAGAUGCAAAAGGUUAAUGAUUAG